AUGAUGAAAAGAGGUGCAGGUCUAAUGGCUGCUCUAUUUGGUGCUGUUUUUGCUCUAAUAUUGAGCUGUGCAGUUGGGCAAACUGCACACAUAGUUGGAGGCUCUGUGGGUUGGACAACCCGAAUCCCCAACGCCACGUUCUAUAGUGAUUGGGCUUCCGGCCAGACCUUCCGGGUUGGAGACACUCUCGUCUUCAACUUCAUGACCGGCCUACACGACGUCGUCCAAGUGCCCCAAGCAUCCUACACCGCCUGCAGCGGCAACGCCGCCAUAGGCAGCCCCAUCUUGACCGGCCCCGCCAACGUCACCCUCAACACAACCGGCAACCACUAUUACAUCUGCACCUUCGGCUCCCACUGCCAACAAGGUCAGAGGCUCAGCAUCUCCGUCAGAUCCUCCACCGGCGGCGGCGCCAUCCCGCCGACGGCCGCCCCUCCGACUACCUCCGGCGGCGCAAUCCCUCCCACUGCCACCUCCGGCGGUGCCAAUCCUCCGGGGGCCACCUCUCCGACCUCCCCUGGCGCCGGAAGUCCUCCGGGCACCCAGGGUCAGCCUGGUUCGGGCGCUGCUUCUUGGGCCGGCAGUUUCUUGUUUGUCGUGCUGUCUGCCGGAGUGGUUCUCGCCGUCUAA